AUGGGCAUCAUCGGGGAGAUGAUGGACAUAGAUUUCGUAGCCUCCACAGGCGAUAACUUCUAUGACAAUGGACUCACCGGGGUUGACGAUCCGGCAUUCGAUGAGUCGUUCUCCAAAAUCUACACAGCGCCGAGUUUGCAAAAGCAAUGGUACAAUGUUUUGGGCAACCAUGACUAUAGGGGAGAUGUUGAGGCACAACUUAGCCCCAUCCUCAGAGCAUUGGACAGCAGAUGGCUCUGCUCGAGAUCUUUCAUUGUCAAUGCCGAAAUUGUGGAUAUCCUGUUUGUGGACACAAACCCUUUUGUUGAUGAGUACUUCACAAAGCCAGGAGGCUAUAACUAUGACUGGAGAGCGGUAUUGCCCAGAGAAAAGUAUCUCUCCAAUCUCCUCAAGGAUGUGGAUUCAGCUUUGAAAGAAUCAAGGGCAAAAUGGAAGAUUGUGGUGGGACACCAUACCAUCAAAACUGCUGGAAUCCAUGGGAACACGGAGGAGUUGGUAAAGCAGCUUCUUCCAAUCCUUGAGGAGAAUAAUGUCGAUCUGUACAUCAAUGGCCAUGAUCAUUGCUUGGAGCACAUAUCAACUGCCGACAGCCCAAUCCAAUUUUUGACAAGUGGCGGUGGGUCGAAGGCGUGGAGGGGGGUGAUGAAAUGGCCGGCAAAUCCGGAUGAGGUCAAGUUCUAUUACGACGGGCAAGGCUUCAUGUCCGUGAAAAUCACUCCGGCCCAGGUCGACGUCGCGUUUUACGACGUUUCCGGCAGCGUCUUGCACACGUGGAGCAGGACCAAGGAAAUUUUCUCCAUCGUGUAG